UCAAGGCCACCCCUCCACCAAAACACUUGUUCCUUUCCCUCUUUCUCUACUACUUAACACUUUCAAUUACUGCUGCAAAUUCAUUAACAGCAAUGGCCAAUGUAGUGGAACUGAAAGUGGGUUUGCAUUGUGAGGAAUGUAUCAAGAAAAUCCUGAAGGCCAUCAAGAAGAUAGAGGAUAUUGAAACAUACAACGUAGAUACUAAGCUGAACAAGGUUAUAGUGACGGGCAAUGUCUCCACCGACCAAGUCGUCAGAGUUCUUCAGAAGAUCGGCAAACAAGCAACCAUUUGGGCGUCUGAUAAUCACCAAUGUUGAUUUUUUUUUCCUACUUUUACUACUAUUUUCCAUUGCAAUAUUUAGUUAUAAGUAGUAUUUUUAUUGCAAAUAUGUAGAAUAAACAAAUUAUAUUUAGACCCUUUUUUUUUGUUGUUCUUUUUGGAUUUCUAUUUUUACUACUAUUUCUAAUUUUUUAUUGCAAUUUUUGACAAUCUCAUUCGUUUUCCUCCUUUGGAAAAAGAAUAUAACAGCCCAAAAAAGAAAAAGAAAAAAAAGCAAGAUCUGAGUUUACUAUACUUAAUUGACUUUUUAGACCCGGUCGAGUUAACUGAGUCUCUUCCGUCUGGGAUCAUCAGAAGAACACCUGAAAGAAAGCCUGUGAAAGAUGCUUCCAUUUUCUUUCUUGUGAUAGCACUACUUCUUAUAGCAAUAGUUGGUGAUAAUGUUGGACUUCAGUUCAUGUACGGACCUUUUAUUCUAGGCCUGACAGUGCCAACGGGACCUCCCUUAGCAUCAAUUCUGACAGAAAAAUUAGACACCAUGGUAACAGGCUGGAUGCUGCCACUUAUGUCAAGUUAUUGUGGAUACAAAUUCAAUCUACGGGAAUUGAACAGGAGGCCACCUGCUUUUGUAGUUUUUUAAUUACUUCAGGUUUUUGCUGAAAACAACCUGUGGGUUUAUUCCUGCAAUCUGUUUCAAAAUGCCUUGCAAGGAUGCCGCUGCACUUUCAUUGAUGUUGAGUGCAGCUAUUACGGUCUACACCAACUAGUGAGACAUUAUUCCUUUUCGUGUGUACAAUUUUAUGGUUUUGUGUGUUUUGUUUUAGGUU